CGGGCUCGGCGCUGGCCGCUCCGCGGGUGCUUUGCCCGGGCGUCUCAGUGCGCUCGGCCAACGGCCUGUGAGAGCGCCCCGGGAGCCGGCGGGCGGCGGCCCUGUGCGGGGACCUCCAGCGGGCCCAGGGGGACAAAAGUGGCUCUAACCAGCAUAUGAACAUUGAAGCAAGUUAAGGAGUUAAUAUGAAGCACAGAAGCAGAUAGUGCCAAAUAGCAAGCAGUCAUUGGUACACGUUUAGUGACUGGGGCAGCAUUUCCCUCUCCCACUGCUGCUGAGAUGGCAGAAAUCAGUCGAAUUCAGUAUGAGAUGGAAUAUACCAAAGGUAUUAGUCAGCGAAUGAGGGUCCCAGAAAAAUUAAAAGUAGCACCACCAAAUGCUGACCUGGAACAGGGAUUCCAAGAAGGAGCUCCAAAUGCUAGUGUGAUAAUGCAGGUUCCAGAAAGGAUCGUUGUAGCAGGAAAUAAUGAAGAUGUUUCCUUUUCAAGACCAGCAGAUCUUGACCUUAUCCAGUCAACUCCCUUUAAACCUCUGGCACUAAAAACACCACCCCGUGUACUUACGCUAAGUGAAAGGCCACUUGAUUUUCUGGAUUUAGAAAGACCUCCUGCCACCCCUCAAAAUGAAGAAAUCCGUGCAGUUGGCAGGCUAAAACGAGAACGCUCUAUGAGUGAAAAUGCCGUUCGCCAAAAUGGACAGCUGGUCAGAACGAUUCCAUACCUGUGUUGCGUGGUGGUCUGCUGCCGCCACUUUAAUCCUCAUCAUGACAACGUCAGGUAUGGCAUUUCAAACAUAGAUACAACCAUUGAAGGAACAUCGGAAGACAUGACUGUUGUAGAUGCAGCUUCAUUAAGACGACAGAUUAUCAAACUAAAUAGACGUCUACAACUUCUAGAAGAGGAAAACAAAGAACGUGCUAAAAGAGAAAUGGUCAUGUAUUCAAUUACUGUAGCAUUCUGGCUGCUUAAUAGUUGGCUCUGGUUUCGCCGCUAGAGGUAACCUUAGCUCUCAAAAAUAUGUCUCAACAGCUGGAAAUAUAAAGGAUUUACAAACUUCUUUGUUUCUGUCUUUGCAUUGUAUGCCGUUUUAUAGUCCAGGCCCUGGAAAUGUAUUUCUUCUAGAAAACAGGUGGGAAGGACCUGCACUUGUAGAAGUAAAGGUAUAUUCUAUUCUGUCACUGAGCUGUGCACACUUUCAUGCAGUUCUGCAGUAACACUUAAAAUGCUCCCUUUGCAUGUUUUGUAAAUAGGCUCAAGUUGU